UUCCAUAGAAGAACAUUUCUACCAGUUUCAGCAACCACCAACAAUGAGACCAUGACAAAUGACUUGGUUCUGUUUACUGAGAAAUGAUAGCUGAAAAUGGGAGACUGGAAUUUGCUGGGCAGUAUUUUGGAAGAAGUUCACAUACACUCCACCAUCGUUGGCAAGAUUUGGCUCACUAUCCUAUUCAUAUUUCGAAUGCUUGUACUUGGAGUGGCAGCUGAAGACGUAUGGGAUGAUGAACAGAAUGAUUUUAUUUGCAACUCAGAACAGCCUGGGUGCAGGAAUGUUUGCUAUGACAAAGCUUUCCCCAUAUCUCUUAUCAGGUAUUGGGUGCUUCAGAUAAUAUUUGUGUCUUCCCCAUCCCUUGUUUACAUGGGGCACGCACUUUACAGACUAAGAGCCUUAGAAAAGGAGAGACAAAAAAAGCGAGCCCAGCUCAGGGCAGAGCUGGAGGAACUAGACACCAUGAUUGAUGAACACAGGCGAUUAGAAAAGGAACUAAGGAAAUUGGAGGAACAAAAAAAGGUAAAUAAGGCUCCCCUCAGAGGCUCACUGUUACGCACAUACGUACUGCAUAUCUUAACCAGAUCUGUGGUGGAAGUUGGCUUCAUGAUAGGUCAGUACUUGCUGUAUGGAUUUGACCUGGAUCCUCUGUACAAAUGUUCACGUUUUCCAUGUCCGAAUGUAGUAGACUGUUUUGUGUCCAGGCCAACAGAGAAAACCAUCUUCAUGGUGUUUAUGCAUAGUAUAGCGGCAGUGUCAUUAUUCUUAAACAUUUUAGAAAUUUUUCAUUUGGGAAUCAAAAAGAUAAGGCAAAGUCUGUACAGUAAGCACGUUUCUGAUGUGACAGAGGAUGAAAUAAGCAUUUGCAAAUCCAAGAAGAACUCGGUGCAGCAGGUUUGCAUGAUGAGUGAUUCUUCUCCAAACAAGAUCAUUCCAAUGUCUUCAGGUAGCUUCAAACUUCUCCCAGACCAGCAGCUGGACACAGUUGGUCUUCCAGCCUAUCUCCCCCCGACACAGAGUUUUAAGGAGGUACAAAUGAUCAAUGACCAUGGUCAGUAUGGAAAAGUGAUGGUUCCUGACAAGCACAGAAGAAGUAGGGAUCACAUUGACACUGAUCAGCACAGUGGACAGCUUAACUUGCAUUGCAAACAAGAGUCACGUUAUAAUGAACGUCACAGAAUGGGUAAUCAUACUGACCAGUACCGUGGUCAGGCUUUGAACCGGAGUCCCCCUGAUCAGCACCAAGGAGAGCGUAGGGGAGACCAGCCACUCACCUCCAGUAUGCAAAAAAGGAACCUGUCUUCUAGCAGUGAGGAUUCUCAUAGGAAAUUACAGAACAAUAACAACUGCCUGGGGUCCAAGAGCUGUCUCAAAAGCCAGCAAUCUUUGGACCAUGGCCGACAUGGUCCAGUACACCCCCUAAAAUCUUGUCUACAUUCCAGUCACAUGGAGCUACCAUCUGCUCUGCGCAAGUACAGCAGAGUGAGCAGCUGCAAGGACUUUGCUGAGGAUCGAAGUGACUCUGCAGACAGUGGCCACCGGAAAGUUAGCUCCACUUCCAGGGGGCUGUCAGAGAGCAGGCUUGCCAGCGACCCAGAGAGCUCUGACUCAAGGAAUGGCUCAGGAUCUGAGUCACGGAGGCGAGACGAGAGCCCGAGCAUCACACCUCCUGCACCAUCUGGCCGCAGAAUGUCAAUGGCAAGUAGAGGCAGGCAGUCAUUGGCUAACCCUCUUUACAGGCUGCUGGUCUAG